CCCUCACACAGCCCAGGCCCCUCGCCCCGAGGGCGCCAUCGAUGACCCCCAGCCCGGCCUGCAGGCCGCCGAGGUCCCUGGGGGCUGCCGCCCCCCUGGGGAACCCGGAUGCGGACCCGCUUCAGAAAACAGAGCUGUGGACAAUGGAGGACCCCGCGCCAGGGCUCCGGAGCGGGGACAGCGGUGAUCUCUUCCUGUCGAAGAAAGAUUCAAUGUGUUUGAAUUUCAUUGAAGAGGACUUUCACAUGCUGGUUGAACUUAUCACAAGCAUUGCCUCGCAGAAAAGCUGGGUCCACAGAGGUCCAGAAUGAAUCUCUACUCUCCCUGACUCCAGGAGACAAAAAGAAGAACAUGGAUCUCCAUACAGAAAUGACCUCCAUGAGGUCUGACAGUCUCCACCAUUGCAGCAGAGGAGAAAACCUGAGGGAGAAUUCCAGAGGAGCAGUAAUAGCAGUGCUUUAUCUGAAGUCUACAAAACCCAACAAUGCAUUCUUGGAAGACAAGAGCCAUGCUCGGCACAGGGAAGCUGGAGGUCAAAGCUCAUGGGGUGGCCCUCCUUCCAUCAGCUGUGGUGCUGAGAAAACCUCUUAGUCUCUAUGGACCCCAGGUUCCUCAUCAGUGAGAUCCGGAACUGAGUCCACAUCCUGAGAACCCAGAACUGAAGGUGCAGAUGAAGGAAGAUGAGCAGCUCUCUGGGACGUGAGAAUGACCCAGAGAAUGACAAGUCCCUGUUGUCCUGCUGUGACACACCAUCAGCAUGGCAGGAUCCCACAGCCCUGCCUCAGAUCCUGAGGCAGAACUGAAUGACCUCGAAUGCCAGCAAUUGAGAUCCCAGCUGGCAAAGAGCCAACAGGACUGCUGGGAGCUCCAGGAGAAGUUUCUCAUAGCUGAGGCUACAAACUUUGCCCUGGCCAGGGAGCUGAAAAAAUACAAUUGUGAGAAGUUUAAAAACAUCAUUGAGUCCAUACUGACCAAGAAGCUCCACUUGGUGGAACCACUGGCAGAGAAGCCCACGGUCCCAGAGCUGCUCAGGCAUUGCCGUGGCAUCCUUGAAGAUCAGGACCAAGAACUUUCCCAGUUACGCCCAAAGGUCCAAAGGGGGAGAAAUCUAGCCCACAUCCUGCAGCAGUACCUGAAGGACGUGCUCACCGUGCAUGACCCUGAGACCUGUACGGGGCAGGGCUUCCGACGACUGCUCACUGAGGCUGUCCGGCUGUCAGCGUGCCUUGAGGACCUGCUAGGAGCAGAAAAUAUUGAAGAGGAGGAAACACCAGCACAAGGACCUAUUGCUGACAGGUAA